AGCGAGUAGGCGUUUUAAAAACGGCCAGCAGCGGAAUGAGGGCUCCACAUCGGUUUCAUUUUCCAAACAGGAGUUUAAGAAAAUGGUCAGCGUGUUUAUUGUAGUCGAUCAAAAAUGUUUAGAAGCUUAAAUUAAACUGAUAACUCGAGAAAAUGAGUGACGCGAUUUUCUCGUACGAGAGUUUGGUCCAUGCUGUAUCAGGAGCAGUGGGAAGUGUGACAGCCAUGACAGUAUUUUUUCCUCUUGAUACUGCCAGACUGAGGCUCCAAGUGGAUGAACAUAGGAAGGCCAAAUCAACUCCAACCAUUCUGGCAGAAAUUGUCAAAGAGGAAGGACUACUCGCUCCGUACAGAGGCUGGUUCCCUGUCAUCUGCAGCCUCUGCUGCUCCAACUUUGUCUACUUCUACUGCUUCCACAGCCUCAAGGCGAGCUGGCUGAGGGGAAAGCAGUCGUCACCAAGUGCUGACUUAAUCAUAGGCAUUGCUGCAGGAAUUGUAAACGUACUGGUUACCACUCCUUUGUGGGUGGUCAAUACCAGGCUGAAGCUUCAGGGUGCCAAGUUCCGCAAUGCAGAAAUCCGGCCCACCAACUACUCCGGCAUUCUGGACGCAUUUGUGCAGAUCAUCCGUGAUGAGGGCGUGGGAGCACUGUGGAACGGGACCUUCACGUCUCUGCUGCUGGUGCUGAAUCCCGCCGUCCAGUUCAUGAUUUACGAAGGCCUGAAGAGGCAGCUGAGGAGAGGAGCUCCCAGGGAGCUGUCGGCUGUUGAGGCUUUUGUCAUUGGCGCUGUUGCCAAAGCUGCUGCCACCGUUGUUACCUACCCACUACAGACGAUACAGUCCAUUCUCAGGUUUGGUCAGUUCAACGAGUCAACAGACAAGUCAAAACUACUGUCCAGUCUCAGGACUAUCAAGUGUCUGUUGGUCAACAGAGUGAGGAAAUAUGGCAUAUUGGGUCUGUUUAAAGGCCUGGAGGCCAAGCUGCUGCAGACAGUGCUGACUGCUGCCCUCAUGUUUCUUUUCUAUGAGAAGAUCGCCAGCUGCACCUUCAGAGUCAUGGGGCUGAACGGCAAACACUACAAGAAACGCUAACUAGCCUCGCAACCAACGACAUUUAACCACGAUGCACUGAAUUAGCUUCUUUAUUAAGCCUGUCAUGUGUGCUGUCCUGCUCUUAAAAGGGAACACCACCUAAAUUCAGAUUUCCAGUGUGUUAUUUCCAUGGCCGAGGAGAGUUCAAUCAAUAACUGUGAACAUGAGCUACUCUCUCUCAAAGGCAGAAACCACAGAAGUAAGUCUCAAAAUUUCGAUGUCAUCUAGUAUAAAGUCGGGAGCAGCUCCUUUGACAAUAAAUAGGAGACUGAUUUUGAUGAUCCGCAAAAUUUCUGUUUUCUUUUUUAAUACCCUUAUGACAUCCAGACUCUACACUUGAUGACAUCACAAAUUUGAGCCUUAGCUUUACCUAUAUUUUCUGACUUUCUUAGACCAAAGGAAUAACAUGUAUGAAUUUUGAAAGUGGGUGUAGUUCCCCUUCAAAGCACUUAAUGACUGUAGUGAUCACAUGCUUACAGACUCCCUGAUGGGGACUUUAGCUCCUUGAAAAACUUUCUCAUUAACAUUUAAUGUGAAUUCUUCAUUUUAGCAAGUCCUUAUUAUUCCUGAGUGUAGAAAUAUCAAGUGUAAAAAAAUGGCCCUAACC